AUGACUUUACCAUUAUUAUUAGCCAAUGACAUGUGGAUUGGUUCCACUCCAGCAUGUCUUCAAGACCUAUCAAUACCAGAACAACUUUUCAUCUCGCCUGAGUAUCCAUGUAUAAAUCUUAUACAGAUUACGAAAAGAAAACAUACUUACUAUAAGCUUAGAGAACACAUUAUGACAUUGCCUCAAAAUCCAAGUUCUUUAAUUAAUCUCAAAAAAGUGCUCCAAGUUCAAAAAAGCAAGAUAACAAUUGCUCUUAAGUGGCUUUUUGACCACAAUAAAUUAUUUAAAAGUAAAAUUAAACUUGAUAAAAAUAUUUUAAAUAAUCUACCCAAAGGAGAAAUUCCUAAAGACUUAACUGUAAUAACUAUAGUUAUAGAUAUUGAUUCUCAUGAAACAGAGCAUUAUACUAACUACACUUGUGAUCAGCAAGAAUCUAAUAGCAAAAGUGAUGAUGAUGAAAUUGAAGAAAUGUCUAAUAUUAAUAAAUAUAAUUUAAAAGACUUUAUAAGUAAUAAUUCAAUUAAUAGUACAAAUGAACUCAGACCUUCUGAGAUAAUAAAUGUUGAUGACAUACCUAUUAUCAGAAAAGAGCUUACAUUGCUCUCUUUUAAAAAGCUUGUUGAUAACCUGGAUUAUAAUACUUAUGAGCAAUUAUCUUCAAAUAAGAACAUGCCUAAAUUAAAAGAUAAAGCGAUACAAUCACAUAUAUUAAAUGUACCCCAUGGCAAUAAAUCUCUAAAUGAAUAUGAAGACUUAACUCUCUUUCUUGCAGGUUUUCUGGUUCUCUUCCCUUAUGGUGUUAGUGAUGACGAAAGUCGAUUAUCUCGAGUCUCAUUGAAAAAAUAUACUAAUCACCUCAUUAAUCCUGCUGUUAAUGAAUUGCUCAAGAACAUCAAAUCUGCAGAUAGUACACUUUCAUUAUUUAUAACUAUAAAUCCUGCUAAUCUUUAUAGCUCUUUUGUUAUGAUAUAUGCUAGAAAAGAAAUAGAUCUUCAAAAUCUCUUUCCAGGAAACUUUCCAAAAGCUUCAGAAAGAGCUCAGCUCAUUCACCUUAACCCUAUAGCUGUUGCUAAAUACUUUCAUGUUAUAAUCCAAGCAAUUAUAGAUACCUUAAUUGGAUAUAAAAGAAAAAAUAAUGAUAGUUGUGUCCCUGGAUAUGAUGCUAUUGAUGAACUAGAACUUUCUGAUAAUGAUGAUAAUUUAGCUAUAAAUAAUGCACCUGAUAACACAAUUCUUUGA